AUGAACGAAGACCCAACGGUUAAUUUAACGUGGCUGCCUCCGGAUCACUUAGAAGCCAGUCCGGCAGAGAAUGUCACGACUGCAGUCACCUCCCUGAUUCCUGCCGGUGACCCAGAGCCAGAGUUCAUAGUAAACCCCUGGGAUAUUGUCUUGUGCACUUCAGGAACCCUUAUCUCCUGUGAAAAUGCCGUGGUGGUCCUUAUUAUCUUCCAUAAUCCUAGUCUCCGUGCCCCUAUGUUCCUCCUGAUAGGAAGCCUGGCCUUGGCUGAUCUCUUGGCAGGGAUUGGAUUGAUCUUCAAUUUUAUCUUUGCCUACCUUCUCCAGUCGGAAUCUACCAAGCUGGUCACGGUUGGACUGAUCGUUGCCUCUUUCUCUGCCUCUGUCUGCAGCUUGCUGGCUAUCACGGUUGACCGUUACCUCUCCCUCUAUUAUGCUUUGACUUACAAUUCGGAGAGGACUGUCACUUUCACCUAUAUCAUGCUGGUUCUGCUCUGGGGAGCUUCCAUUUGUAUCGGGCUGCUACCUAUAAUGGGCUGGAACUGCCUGAAAGACGAGUCCACCUGCAGUGUGAUCCGGCCGCUCACUAAAAAUAACGCGGCCAUCCUUUCUGUCUCUUUCUUGCUCAUGUUUGCUCUCAUGCUCCAGCUGUACAUUCAGAUCUGCAAAAUCGUGAUGCGCCAUGCCCAUCAGAUCGCCUUGCAGCACCACUUCCUGGCCACUUCCCACUAUGUGACGACCCGGAAAGGAGUGUCCACCUUAGCCAUUAUCCUGGGGACCUUUGCCGCUUGCUGGAUGCCUUUCACACUCUAUUCCUUAAUAGCCGACUACACCUAUCCUUCAAUAUACACCUACGCGACUCUCCUCCCGGCCACGUACAAUUCCAUCAUCAACCCUGUAAUAUAUGCUUUCCGAAACCAAGAAAUCCAAAAGGCACUUUGGCUCAUUUGCUGCGGCUGCAUUCCUUCCAACCUUUCGGCACGGGCGAGAUCUCCGAGCGAUGUUUGA